AUGAUUGAAAUUCCAAGAGAUUAUGAACAAUUAAAUUCUUAAUAGAGACUAGAGAUGUUACAAUUUUAUGUAGCAUUAUUAUUAUUAAUAAAUUAGUUUGAAACUAUCAUUUCAGAAUAUACAGCAUUUAACCACUCUUAAUUUAUAUAUCCUCUUUAUUAAACAUUUUAGGUUUAAUUAAAUCAAUAAAUGAGAUAAUUAUCACAUUAAGAUGAAGUACUUUCUAUAUAUAUUUAGAUUUAUGAAUCAUUUAAAAAUCUUUAGAAGAAAGCUACAGAAGAUACUACAAUCUAAGAGAUGUUAUUUGAAUAUGAUGAAUGUAUAUAUUAUAUACAUCUAUUUUAGUCAUUCAUCCAAUCAAAAUACAAGCUCUACCUAAAUUGAUAAAAUAAAAAUAUAAAAAACCAUAAAUUGACAAAAAAGCAGCUAGUUGUAUACUUGAUGAAUAACCAAUCAAACAUGAUUUUAUUAUGACUGGUUCUUAAUCAUUGAUGGUUAAUUAAAAUAGAGAUAGAGUUCAUAGUAUAUCUGAAUUAGAUGAUGAAUUAAAACUUAAAGUGAUUAAAGAAUUUGAUGAAAAGAGUUACAUUUCUUAAAUUAAUUUUGAAAGAAGUCCUUAAACCGAUUUAAAAUCUGUUAUUGAAUAAAGAAUGGAACAAUCUCAAAAUUAUUAUUUUAAUGAAGCUUAAUUAGAUGACGUAAUUAUACAUUAUAAAUUUAGGCAUUUUAUGUUAUUUAAUAAGCUAAAGUUGAAAUUUAAAAUAAUCAACAUUUAGAAUAAUGGUUCUAUGAAAAUUAUGCAAAUUUUAUUAAUAUGAUACAAGACAAAUAUGCCACUAUGUAACUUAAUCUAAAUGAAUUAGAGUCAGAUGGUUGGGUUGUUGAAAAAAACACUAAAUCAUUAGUUAUUAAAUAUAAAAUUGACUCCAAAAAUUCAACUGUAACUCUUUUUAUGGAUUCUGUUUUUGAAGCCAAUAUUACUAAAUUAAUGGCUUUAAUCAAUGAAAUUGAACUCUAUCAAAAUUAUGUUCCUUUUUGUGUUAGAUCAUCAAUGCCUAAAAGGAUUGGAAAAUGUUGCAAAAUUUGUGAUAUUUAAGUUUACUUUCCCUUAAUCUCAGAUAGAAAAGCAGUCUUUGUUGGAGAAGGUAUUGAUAGACUCAACAUAAAUGGAACCAUUGUUUUUUUAUGUAAAUCUGUUGAUAAUGAUCCUGAAUUUCUUAAAUUACAUAAUAUUGAUUUAUCAAAAGAUAAAGGAAAGUUUGUAAACUUGAUACUUAAUUAUUAUGUUUUUGAAUUGACACCUCUUAGUGAUAAUAAAUGUAGAGUUAGAGCUAUUACUAAUUCAGAUCCAUAAUGUAGAUACAUUCCAAAAGCUUUGGUAGCACUUGUAGCUAGAAAAGUAUUAAUAACUUAAUAUAUUAGAUGGCAAGCACAUUAUUUGAAAAAAUGUAAAAAAUUACAUAAAAUUUCAUUAAAACUCCUUGGUAUCCAAAAUAUCUUGAAAAUUAGGAAUUUUAUAAUUGGAUAGAAACUAAAGUUAACAAUCAUUUUUCUAAACAAUAAAUUUGA